AUGGCUCAGAGAAAGAAGUUUGCUCUUGUGACGGGCUGUGGCCAGGGAGGCAUCGGGGAAGCACUGGUGAAAGAGUACCAAACGCAUGGCAUCUCCGCCAUUGCCACUGUCCUCCCAUCCGAGUCGAGAGUGCAUCUGACCGAAGCUGGCAUCACUUGCUUCUCGCUCGAUGUUACCAAGGAAGAGUCUGUAAAAGAACUCAAAAAGAUUGUGGCCGCUAUCACGGGCGGUCAUCUCGACAUUCUUGUCAACAAUGCAGGCAUAGCGUACACAAUGACAGCCAUCGACACAGAUGUCAAAGAGGUUCAGUAUAUGUUUGACGUCAACAUCUUUGGUCCCAUGAGAAUGGUCCGCUGGUUCCAUGACAUGCUUAUCAAGUCCUCUGGCACUAUCGUCAAUAUUGGAUCGGUCGCCGGCAUUUCUCCCUAUGUCUAUGGAUCUUCGUAUAAUGCCACUAAGGCAGCGCUCCACCACUGGUCGAACACUCUCCGGGUGGAGAUGGCGCCAUUGAAUGUCAAAGUCUUGACGAUUAUAUCUGGCGAAAUCGGAACAAAUAUUCUGAAAAGAGACACGUCGAGAGAGCUUCCCGAAGGCUCCUACUUUGCCCCACUUUCGGAAGAGUUCAAAAAACACGUACAGAGGAUUCCAAACACUACAAACCGAUUCGACUACGCCAGCAAAGUUGUUGCCGAGAGUAUCAAAUCACAGCCUACAACCUGGUUUUGGUAUGGGAAAACUACGCUUAUUGUCCGUUUCUUGGACACUUUCCUUUGGAGGAGGGUCUGGGACUACAUGUUUUGGAACACGUUCAAUUUUGCAAAACUGCAACGCGUUUCUCUCGAGGCCAGAAAAAAGAUUGAUUGA